AGUCACACGCAGACAGCAGUGGUUGUGCUAGACUGCUGCUACUUCCCUCUGUCUUCCUGAAUGGCAACAGAGAGAACCUGCUGAGGAUCUUGCCCCUUCGGGACCAACACAUGGACACAGUGGCAUUCAGACAGCAUGGGCUCCAGAAUCAAACAAAAUCCUGAGCGAGCCUUCAUCGUAUUCUUUGAGGCAUCAUGUCCCAUAGCCAGAGAUGAAGAUCCGCAUGUACGUCUUCAGUACCCGGAUGACUUCAGAGAUGAGGAGUCUUGUCAAACCUUAACCAGGUUCUGCUUCCCAUACGAUAUACAAAGGGUGAGAGAAGAAGUGGCUGUGCAGCACUUUACUUUUGUUCUGACUGAUAUUGAGGGCUGCCAACGCUUUGGCUUCUGUCGCCUCAGCAACAGUGCUCAGAUGUGUCUUUGCAUCCUCAGUUACCUUCCCUGGUUCGAGGUCUUUUAUAAAGUUCUCAAUACCGUAGCUGUAUACAUCAGUAAGGGGCAGACCAAUGAGAUGAAAGUGAUGCUUGCUGCACUCUACAACGAACCUAUACCAUUGACAGCCGGAUCUAUCACACUGCAGAUGGUUCCAUACUUCGUGGCUCCGGAUCUCGGUCUCCCCUCUGUUCCCGAAAAUAGGAACUUAACAGAGCUGGUGGUGUCCGUAGAUGUGACGAACCUUCUGCAGCUCUACGCCAGCAUGCUGUUUGAAAGACGCAUCAUCAUAUUUGCUCGCAAACUCAGCACCCUGACAUCUUGCGUACACGCACUUGGGGCUCUGUUAUACCCAAUGCACUGGCAACACAUCUUCAUCCCAGUCCUGCCACCUCACCUUUUGGACUAUUGUUGCGCACCUAUGCCGUACCUUAUUGGAGUUCACAGCAGUCUAUCGGAGAAGGUGAGGAGCCAAGGAUUGGAAGGAGUUGUCAUUUUGAAUGUGGAUGCAAACACAUUGGAAACCCCCUUCAAUGACCUGAAGAAAAUACCUUCACAUGUGAGGUCUGGGCUAAAAGUAUGUUUGAAGAGCCAGGUGGUUUCUGCUGGCUGUGGCGUCUCACAGGCCUUUCUCAAGGCCCAGUCUGUGCUGUUUGGAGGAUACAAGGAUGCUCUGCAAAAUCACAAGGCGGGCGGGGUAUGCUUCAGUAAGGAUUUGUUUCUAGAUCAUAAGUCAUCCAGUAUGAGGCAGUUUCUUCAGAGUGCCAUCCAUUUGCAGUUCUUCAAACAGUUUAUUGAUGAACGCCUGGAUAUUCUGAACACAGGGAAAGUACCACAGGAGCUCUUUGAAGAAGGAAUCCUUGAGUGUGAAACAACAGGAAAGCGUAAAUCUUAUAUACAACUAGUUGAUCAUAUAAAGAGAGGGGGAGGAGCGCUGAUCCUCAACAUGAAGUCCAAAACAAAUAACAUGCGGGCGACAGGCAUCGCAAAUUCAGGUUUGAAAAGCAGGUCAAAAAAUAAGGCCUUCAGCCAAACACAAGCCAUUCAGAGAGGUGGAUCCUUGUCACACCGUUCCGCUCCGUCCGACUGCCUGCAGAAUGGCCUGCCAAAUACGCAACACUUUGCAAUGUCACGUCCUCGUCGGCCCGGUUCCAAACUUGGUGUCACUCGAGGCCAGGAAGCCAAGGGAGCUGGAGAUGCAUGGAAUGGGGCAAUGUCUGGGCCAAGGGAAAAGCCUGACUCUGAGCUCGAAAAGGAUGACGAGAAGGAGGAAGAAUUGCUGUGUGAUCUAGAGGAAAUGGAUCUUCUAAGCGAGAUUUUUGACACACUCAGCACCCGCAGCUCACAUGAGCGGGGACAGCUAUAUGGCACACGCAGCCUGGAUCUGUUUGGACCAGACUGUCAUGACUAUAUUACAAAGCUUAGCCGAGUCAAUCCCAGCCAGGAGAGCCUUUCUCUGUCCACCAGCGGCAGUGGCAGCCUCCACAGCUGGAAUCCGGAACAGUCAGAGGAGGUGCAGACACUCACUGAGAUCACAGAUUGGUUGACCCUUGAUGAUGCAUCAGCAGAACAAGCAGAGGUGCUGAGAAGCGUUGGAGAUCCACAGGAGAACAGUAAGCUAGCGAUAAAUGUGAGCCAUGGAAUAGAAGUCCAUAACAGAACUAGUUCAAAGGAAGUGAAGUUUGAGGCAGAAAUAUCGGGAAGAAAAGUGACUUUAAAACAGGGCAAUGAGGAGGAAAUAGCUGAGCGGCUUGAGGACGAAGUGCUGAAAAAGAUGGAAAAUGGCGCAAAUUUGAGACAGAAUGAGAAGAAACGUGGCGAAAAGAAAACAGCUGAAAUAGAGGAGGAUGCAACAGAAAAGAAAAGUCGAAACCUGGUGGAGAAAAGUAAAGAGGCGGUACUUGGAUGUCAUCUGUCCAGCGAAGGCUUCUUGGAGGAAUCAAGGAAUAAGAACUUGUCCAAGGAAGACAGCGCAGGAAACAGCAGUAACAUUGUUCAAACAUAUCAAUCGUAUAAUACAAGCAGCCAUUCAGAUUCUCGCAGCACCAUCGAGCAUGAGCAGGGUGGCCCGGUCACAGUCAAAGUGUCAGAACUCAAAAAGAUGUUUGAAGCGACCACACUGGCUGAAUAGGAGAUACACUUUGGUUCCGCUUAAAAAAACAAAACAUAUAAAAAAACUAUAUCUCAGUGUAUUGUUUGACAAACUUUGGAUCGUGUCUAAGUAAUGAGUGACAUGCAUAUAUUCUUUAUUCAUGUACAGUACACAUUUUUAACAACAAAAGUGAGCAUAAUAAAAGUGCAUCUCAGUUAUUGUCAGUGUUAAUAAGAAUCCUUCAUGAGUUUAACACGUACUUCAUAUAUAUAUAUAUAUAUACAUAUAGUCAAGUAUAUAUAAAUAGACAAGACAAUGCAGAGUCGAGUAAAAAACAACAAACAUCUGUUCAAAAAGAAGGAAAAAUUCAGUUCAAGUCUUUUCAUGUGGCAGACUGAGGACAAUUUUGCAAAACUCAAAUGUCACGUAAUGACUUGCAUUCCCCUUUUCAUGCAGCACAACUGGUGACAUAUUUGAAAGUCUGUUCUGUCCAAUGAGUGAAUAAAUAGAGGUGGG